AUGACAGCGGGAAGCAUAAUUGUAGCCGUGACAUACGGAGACCUUGCUGACGGCAAUGAAGGCUCAUACCUUGCCUGCGCGCACGUACUAGCUGAUCUUGUACAACAUAUUGUUACCCCUAAAAAGGCUGCCAUGUUCACAACCUUUCCUUUCCUCGAAAAGUUGCCGUCUUGGUGCUUCAGUGCACAUUCACUGAUAGGACACAGUAGAGAAUUAUCUCAACACCUUUUGAAUGAGCCCUUCAACGAAGUGAAGGCACAGGUGGCAAAUGGCACUGCUUCACGCUCAUUAAUCACUGACUUUCUCAGCCAACCCCACGAUGAUGCUGACAAAGAUAUAAUGAAGCCUGUUGCGUUCACAGUAUAUAUGGCUGGCAUGGAAACUAGUGCAACCAUAUUGCAGACAUUCUUGCUGGCUAUGGUGCUCUAUCCUGACGUCCAAGUCCGGGCUCGUGCAGAAAUUGAUCAAGUUGUGAGGCAUGAUAAAAUGCCGUGCCUUAAUGACAGGGCGUCCCUGCCCUAUCUUGAUGCCAUUCUCUGCGAGGUCAUGAGGUGGUAUCCUCCCACCCCCCUAGGAGUUGCACAUGCAACUGCAAAUGAUGAUAUUUACGAUGGGCACUCUAUACCCAAAGGUACAAUAGUAAUGGUCAAUCAGUGGGCACUGUCUCGGGAUGAAGACAUAUUUCCCGAUGCAUCGCGCUUCGAUCCUAGUUGCCAUCUAACUGUUGACAGGAAGCUGAAGAACCCUUUCAUCAACCAUUUUGCCUUUGGUCAUGGCAGGUGUAUUUGUCCUGGUCGUUGGUUUGUAGAGUACAGUCUGUGGACUGCAGCUGCUUCCAUACUUGCUGUUUUGUGCAUCGACCAUGCCAAAGACUCAAAUGGAAACAGGAUUGAGGUGAAGCCGGAGUACACUACUGGCUCAUUGAUUCGCCCCGCACCAUUUCACUGCUUGUUUGAAAGCAUUAACACAGCGAGAGAAGGACACCUUCGAGCGAUGAUGAAUUCAGAGUAG